AUGAAGGUUGCUGCCACCAUCCUCCCUCUCCUGACCGCUGUGUCUGCUUCGUGCCUUCACGGCACUUCGCUCAUGCCCCGUGCAGCUGACGGCACCGUUGAUAUCAACCCCUACAACUACACCAACGCUGGCGGUCCUAUGGUCUGGUACGGUCUUGACUCUGCCAACCAUGCCUGCUCCACCGGCAAGAACCAGUCCCCUAUUGAUAUCGUCACCGAUGAUGUCGAUUACUCUGCCGCUGGUAGCGUGAAGUUCCACGUCCCCAACGCCGACAAUGCCAAGUUCGAGAACCUCGGCUCCGGCCUCGAGGUUGUCCUGACCAACGGUACUCUGGUCACCAAGACCAACUCGUACAAGCUUGCUCAGUUCCACUUCCACACUCCCAGCGAGCACCGCAUCAAUGAGGAGCACUACCCCAUGGAGUCUCACUUCGUCUUCGAGAACACUGCCGGUGACAUUGCUGUCGUUGCCUUCCUCUUCGAGCUGUCCCAGUUCGGCUACUCCACUCCCCUCUUCGACUCCGUCUUUGCUCACAUCGGUGACAUUGCCACCCCUGGCACUUACACUAUGACUGAUGGCCUGGACUUCACUGGCAUCACUGAGCACCUCAACAGCCACGGUAUCUACCAGUACUCUGGCUCCCUCACCACUCCUCCUUGCUCCGAGGGUGUUUCUUGGUUCAUCAGCACCGAGCCCCUGCCCCUGAACGUCCAGAGCUACAACGCUGUCAAGCAUGUGCUCAAGUUCAACGCUCGCUACACCCAGAACGCUCUCGGCCAGGAGAACCUGGUUGAGCUCGCCUCCGCUGAGGUGACCAACUCCACUUCGAACUAA